AUGCUUUUACUAAUUCUAUUCGUCAUUUGUAAUGCAUUUCAUCAUAAAGGAAAUUUGCAAACAAAUACUACUUUGAAUUUAACCUUAAAUUUUACUGAUUAAGCUCCUAGUAUUAUAAUCAAAUUUUUUUUGCCAAUAGCUAGAUAAAAUUAAUAAAUUGUUGCUUGCUUCGUAUCAUUCGAUAACAUAUAAUUAAAUAUGUUUGGAUUAGAUUAACUUUAAUUAAAAAUCAAUUCUAAAAUAACAUAUGACAUUCAUAGUAUAUAAUCUAAUAGUGACACAUAAUUAGUUCAAUAUCCUUACUAUUCCAUAAUUUAUUUAUAAUGCUAAUCAAAUUAGAAUAUCCUUAUUGAUUAUCAACUAACUUACUUAGAAGACUAUUUGAAUCCAUUUUGUAUAAAUAAUUGUAAAGGAUAUAAUGAUAAAAAUAAUGGAAAUAAUUCAUAUUGUUCAAAUAACAAUUGUGAAUGUUAAAUUGAUAAAUUAGGAUAAUUUUGUUAACUUGAUUCAACAUUUUUAUUAAAUAAUUAGUGGGUUAGAGUAAAUUUAGAUUCCUAUCAAUGGAAAUAUUUUUAUUAUUAAAUAAGAGAAACAGAUAUUGAAUUUCAUACAAGUCUUGAUUAUGAAGAUCACAAAAUAAGUAAAAAUAAUUUAAUUAAUAAAGUUUAUAGUUUAACAUUAAGACAAUAUCCAUGGAUAUCGAUUCCCAAUAGUAAAUUUAGUUAGAGUCUAAAAAAUUGCUCAUAAUUAUCUGAGACCUUAUAACAAUUAAUUAAUAAUGAAGCUUCAUCAAAUAUAUUAUAUAUAGGAUUAUAUAAUAACAAUAGCUUAUAAGCUACAUUUAAUUUUAGUAUUGUAACAACUUCAUAUGAUGAUUAUGAUGAAGCUCAAAGAAAUAAAUUGAUUCUUAUAAUAGUGGGAUCAAUAGUUGGUGUCUUAUUAUUAUUAUCUUUUUUCCUAAGCAUUUUUAAUAAUUAACGAUUGCAUUAAAAUGUAGAACAUGUAGAGAAUGUUGAAUAGAAUUUAGAGUAAUAAUAAAUGGCAUAUAAAUCUCCUACAGGUAUUAGAUAAUUCAUUUUAAGGUUUUUCUAAAUAAUUCAUUAAAGAGUAUUUUGGCCCAAUUAAUCUUUAGGUUGUUAUGAAAUCUUAUCCUGGGCUUUCAUAAUUUGAAGAUUGUGUUAUUUGUCUCGAAUCUUUAAAAAAUGAUAUAAACUAUGAAAUGAAGUUUUGUUCAGUCACUCCAUGUUUUCAUAUUUUCCAUUAAUAAUGUCUAAGCUCUUGGUUAUAAAAAUAGGGAAAUUGUCCAUUCUGUAGAUGUGAAUUUAAUAAAAUUUAAAUUCAAAAUAAAUAUCCUUGGAUAGAUUUAACUAAAGAAAAGAGUAAAAGUGAUUAAGAGUAGGAUUCUUAAUAUCUAUAACGAUUGAAACAUACUUAAAAUACAGAUUAAUCACAAGAUAUACAAUUGAAUGAAAGUUAGCAAGAUCUUGUACAAGUAAAAAAUAGACCAAUAGUUGAUGGUUGA